AUGGACACUAUCAAUCCCACCAUUUUGAAGACGCCUAUUGAGGCCAUACCGGUAUUAACCAAAGAAAAUUUCUCAACCUGGAGAGCCCGAAUUACUGCCCUUUUCAAGCUUGGUGGACUCAAAGAUCAAAUCCUAGAAGGCGAGCCCGCGCUCAAAGAUAACGACAACACAAUCCUGUGUGCUAUCAUCCUUGCCAAAUUGUCCACUACCACUCACAAUAACGUGGUCAACUCGACAAAUGAGGCUGACGCUAUUGAGCUAUUGAAAAAUAUCCAGAAGCGCUUUGUCUCCACUGAGCCAUCGAAUCAAGCAAGAGUCUAUAAUCUGUUCGCCAACAUUGCUUUUGAUGCCAGCAACAUCAAAACAUUCAUUACCAAAGUCCGAAGUGCCCUCGUCAAAAUGAAGGAAGUCGGUGUCAUCAUCCCCAAAGACAUUCUUACCUAUGACUUACUUUGA